UGCAGCCGCAGGGGCUGCGAUCUGUCUGAGGCUGGGAAUCUGUAGGGCAGGGACUCCAGCUUCCCGCCUUCUCCUUCCCUUCCACCUCCUCCUCCUCUUUCUUUAGGAAUUCCCAGCACAGCAGGCAGAGGCGGCCUAGCCCCUUUUAUUCCUUAGCUCACACUCCCCUGUGGCCAUUCUAGGGGAGCUGCCAGUCCUGGAGACCUCUGGGUUCCCCUAGUUGAGUCCCAGAAGCUUACCUCCCUCUACAUCACUCCCUCUCUCCCUACUACCCCCGUGCCAGCAGCCAAGGACUCCAGUCUGCAGCAGUGACCUAGAGAAAAGGCUUAUUAGAGAAGGACACUAUUUCUCAGAGGGAGGAUACCUGGAAAAGAAAAUCAGAUCACAGCUAGAGGAAGGACGGGUCGGCCACCCCAGGGCUGUUUCCAACUAGGAAAAGUACCAUAUACUGCUGAGAAAAAGAUGCUAUCUAAAGUUUCCUCUGCUGCUUGUACUCAAGAAUUAUCAAUAAAGCAGGAAUUUGCUUUUGACAACAUAGGCUUUGAAGGCAGCUUGGAUAGUUCACCUGCAUCAUCAUCUUUAACAAGCACUAGUAUGAUCAACAUUUUGGGCAUGACAUGCCAAUCAUGUGUGAAGUCUAUAGAGGGCAAGAUUUCUAACUUGAAAGGUAUUAUGAGCAUAAAAGUUUCCCUCGAACGGAGUAAUGCCAUUGUGAAAUACAUACCAUUGACCAUAAACCUACAACAGAUUUGCUAUGAAAUCGGGGAUAUGGGCUUUGAUGUUAACAUAGCAGAAGGAAAGGCUGCGCCAGAGCCCACAAAGCCCUCAUCUGCUGAUGAAGCAGUGACAAAGCUUCGUGUGGAGGGCAUGACUUGCCAGUCAUGUGUCAGUACUAUAGAAGGGAAGGUUGGAAAACUUCAAGGAGUUUUGAAAAUCAAAGUUUCCCUUAGCAAUCAAGAGGCUGUCAUCACUUAUCAGCCUUAUGUCAUUCAACCUGGAGACCUCAGAGACCAUAUCAAUGACAUGGGAUUUGAAGCCACCAUCAAGAGCAAAAUGGCACCAUUAAGCUUGGGAAUGAUUGAUAUUGGACAGUUACAAAGCAACAACCCAAAGAAAAUGCCAACUCAACUCUCCUGUAGUAAUACUGAAGCACAGGGGGAGCAGCCUGGCCCAGCUGCUACUCUACAGUUAGGAGUGGAAGGAAUGCACUGUAAAUCCUGUGUCUUGAAUAUUGAAGGAAAUAUAGCUGGACUACCAGGUGUGCAAAGCAUUAAAGUAUCUCUAGAAAACAAAAAUGCAGAUGUUCAGUUUGAUCCAGCCUCUAUUACCCCACUAUUCUUGAAAGAAGCCAUUGAGGCUCUACCACCUGGGAAUUUUAAAGUCACUCUCCCUAAUGGAGUGGAAUAUCGUGGGUUGGAGAAUUCAUUAGACAGUAUGUCUUCAAGACUUCCUCUAUCUACCCAAUCUCACGGAAACCAAGUGCAGGGAGUGUGGAGUACUGCUGUGAUUCGCAUUGAGGGAAUGACCUGUGUUUCCUGUGUGCAGUCCAUCGAGAGCCUACUGUCCCAAAGGGAAGGGCUAGGAAAAGUUUCAGUCUCUUUAGCUGAAGGGAUUGGAACUAUCCACUAUAAUGCCUCCAUAGUAAACCCUGAAGAGCUGAAAGCUGCAAUUGAAGACAUGGGAUUUGAGGCAUCCCUCAUAACUGAAACCAGUUCCAGAAAGCAUGUUGGAAACUGUUGUGCUGUGGAUUCUAAUGACCAAAUAGAGCUUAAGGACUCAGUUUCUCUUCAGGAGGAUGAAGUUGAUGCUAAGGGCUAUCACAAAACAAACAUCUUGGGCCACUCUCCAAAGCCAUUUCCCUCAGGAUACCCACUUCACCCCAAGGCGGUGACCUCGGAGAAAUGUUUUUUACGCAUAACAGGCAUGACCUGUGCAUCCUGUGUCUCCAACAUAGAAAGAAAUCUACUGAAGGAAGAUGGUAUACUUUUGGUUCUGGUAGCUCUGAUGGCUGGAAAAGCAGAGGUCAAGUAUAAUCCACAAACCAUCCAGCCCCUUGAAAUAGCCCAGCUUGUCGACAACUUGGGCUUUAAAGCUACAGUAAUGGAAGAUUACACUGCGUCAGAUGGCAGUAUCGAGCUAAUUGUCACAGGAAUGACCUGUGCUUCAUGUGUUCACAACAUUGAAUCCAGAUUGAACAGAACCAAGGGCAUUCUCUAUGCCUCUGUGGCCCUUGCUACUAGCAAGGCACACAUCAAGUUUGAUCCUGAAAUUGUGGGUCCUCGGGAUAUUAUAAAAAUUAUUGAGGGAAUCGGCUUUCAUGCUUCCUUGGCUCAGAAAAACCCCAAUGCUCACCAUUUGGAUCACAAGAUGGAAAUCAAACAAUGGAAGAAGUCUUUCCUGUGCAGUCUGGUGUUUGGCAUCCCUGUCAUGUGCUUGAUGAUUUACAUGUUAAUACCUAACAGCCAGCCUCAUGAGUCCAUGGUGUUGGAGUACAACCUCAUCCCUGGAUUAUCCAUCUUAAAUCUCAUCUUCUUUAUCCUGUGCACUUUUGUCCAGAAUGCUAACAAACAUAUCUCUCAGGCAGAAGUGGUCAUUCGGUUUGCAUUUCAGACAUCCAUCACGGUAUUGUGUAUUGCCUGUCCUUGCUCUCUGGGCUUGGCUACACCCACAGCAGUAAUGGUUGGAACAGGGGUGGCUGCCCAAAAUGGGAUUCUCAUCAAAGGAGGAAAGCCCCUCGAAAUGGCACACAGGAUCAAGACGGUGAUGUUUGACAAAACUGGAACCAUCACCUAUGGUGUCCCCAAAGUCAUGAGAGUUCUUCUGCUGGUUGACAUGGUGUCCCUACCACUGAGGAAAGUUCUGGCUGUGGUUGGCACUGCUGAAGCUAGCAGUGAGCAUCCCCUGGGUGUGGCUGUCACUAAGUACUGUAAAGAGGAACUUGGAACUGAAACCCUAGGGUACUGCACGGACUUCCAAGCUGUCCCUGGGUGUGGAAUUGGCUGUAAAGUCAGCAAUGUUGAAGCCAUCGUGGCCCAGAGCAAACACCCUCUAAAUGAACAGAAUAGUCAUCUGAAUGGUGUUGGCACCCUUCCUGCUGAAAAAGGUGCAGCAGCACCCCAGACCUACUCUGUGCUGAUUGGGAACCGGGAAUGGAUGCGACGAAAUGGUUUAACUAUAUCUGCUGAUGUCAGUGAUGCCAUGACAAGCCACGAAAUGAAGGGGCAGACCGCCAUAUUGGUGGCUAUUGAUGGUGUGCUCUGUGGGAUGGUGGCCAUAGCAGAUUCUGUCAAGCAGGAGGCAGCGCUGGCUGUCCAUACCCUCAAAAGUAUGGGUGUGGAUGUGGUUCUGAUAACAGGGGACAACAGGAAAACCGCAAAAGCCAUCGCCACGCAGGUAGGCAUUAACAAAGUUUUUGCAGAGGUCCUCCCCUCUCACAAGGUGGCAAAGGUCCAGGAGCUUCAAAACCAAGGGAAGAAAGUGGCCAUGGUAGGAGAUGGAGUGAAUGACUCCCCAGCCUUGGCAAGGGCUGAUGUCGGUAUUGCCAUUGGGACAGGGACCGAUGUAGCUAUUGAAGCCGCCGAUGUUGUCCUCAUUAGGAACGAUUUGCUAGAUGUGGUUGCUAGCGUUCAUCUUUCCAAGAGGACUGUCCGGAGAAUACGAAUAAAUCUGAUCUUGGCCUUAAUUUAUAACCUUAUUGGGAUACCCAUUGCAGCAGGCGUGUUCAUGCCCAUUGGCAUUGUACUGCAGCCCUGGAUGGGAUCCGCUGCCAUGGCCGCGUCCUCCGUGUCUGUGGUGCUUUCCUCGCUACAGCUGAAGUUUUACAAGAAACCAGAUAUGGAAAAGUAUGAAGCCCAAGCCCACGGGCACAUGAAACCCCUUAAUCCAUCCCAGGUCAGUGUUCACAUUGGGAUGGAUGACCGGCGAAGGGACAACAAGGCCACCUCAUGGGAUCAAGUCAGCUACGUCAGCCAAGUGUCACUGGCCUCCCUGAUGUCAGAUAGGUUGUCUCGGCACAGCUCCCUGAUAGAAGGUGGAGGGGACAAAUGGUCACUACUUGAUCGGGAUGAAGAACAGUCCAUCUGAAAGGCAGCAGCCAUCACAGAACGUUAGCAGCACGAUCAGGGUGCCAUGUUUCCCGGAGGAUCAGUGAGUUCCCCCAUACACAAAAGGAGAUGGGGAGGGAUUCUUUUGCUUCAGCUCAGCUAAACAUCUGUAGCAUUGCUUUUCCUUUGUGGGGAAGAACUGAAAUCUUCUCUGGCAUUGGGAGUGAUUCUGAUGCACUUGCUCUUGACCAGGGCAACCUGUGGCUAUUCCCAGAAACAAUUUUAGGCCUAGGAAAAAGAGUUCUGAUGCAUGGCAACCAUCUUCAACACUGGUUUGGAAUACACAUGGAGAAAAGCUUCAGCCUCCACCAUUUUAUCAAUUCUCUGCUUUUGGAGAAGGAAAAAAAUCCCCUCUAAAGGGGAGGAAAGCCAGGGUCCCUCACGGUUUCCCUUUUACCGUUUGGGAUGAAUAGUAAUAAUGAAAUGUGGAAAAUCACACUAGUACUAAAAAGCUGGCUAAGCUUUUCUGUAGAGUCCAUGUAAAAACUUCCUAUCAUUGUUUUCAUUAAUGGAAGUCUUUACAUUUAUCAUAUUGUCGAGACCAUGGUUUACCUCAAGGUGCCAUUCUCUUACAGCAUUCGACCUCUUUUUCAGUUUUCAUCUUUCCUCCCCCUCUUCCCAACAUCCCUUUCCCCUCUCCAGGACCCUUCCCCUGCCCCCACCCCCCAUGCUUGUAUUCCCUUAAUUUGUGGUCAUGGUCCUUUGGCCCUUUAUUACCCAUCUCUGGAAUCCCUCUAUCUGCUACAGUGUGUUCUGCUUCCUUUCCGAUGUUUCUUCACUCUGACUUGACUUGUGCACUUCCUGGCUGAGGUGGUGCAUCCGUAUAUAUGUGCCAGAUGGCUCACCAUCUAUCUUUGUGUGAUGGGGAAUGUUUUUGUCACCCAAGGCCUCUCAGUCAUUGCUUCUCACUGCAGAGGGAUGGGGUGCACUGUUCUGCCACAGCAGCUGCUGCUGGGAGCCUGAGAUUUAAGAGCAGAUUAAAACCCUCUCUUCCUAGAGGUUGUGGGGCCCCGGCAAAAGGGGACAGCAGUGCCACUCUGCUAAGCACAGGGCACUGUUCAGGUGUUUGUGAUUGGCAAGCAGGGGGCUGGGGAGGGAGGAAGAAAUGAGGAGUGUUUUCUGUUGAAAGCAGUCUCUCAAACAGGAUUGUUUAGUAAAUCAAAGCCUCCUCAGCUAAUUCAUGGCCUUCUGUAGACCUGCAUGAGCCCUGCAAAAAAUAGGGAGGAAGUAUUUUUGGGGAGUCGAAGGGGGAACAACUGGACCUUCUCAAAUGAAAGAUGCAUAUUUUUUAAAUUCAUCAGCUACUUGCAAAUGGCAUCCACAUCAAGAAGGCAGAUGGAUCUUGUUUUAUUGUCUAAGUUAAUUUGCUGCAGCUGAUAAUUGGAGGGACCAUAUGGAAAUGGGCUGGUGGAAGGACUCCACCGGCUGAAGUAGUAAAAUGGACCCUUUAGACAGUGAGGUUGGAGGAUUUGUGAGGACAGAGGGGCUGUGACUGAUAGAUGUUGUGCUAUUUCAAGCCGUGAUCAAUAUUUGCCAGCAAAAAAUAUUUUUAAAUGAAAAAAAAUUUUACACCCUAGUUUCUGGGGAUACAUGUGCUAUAUAAACAAAAGUUAAUUGCACUGACGUUGAAUGGAGUUCAAUAAUGAGAGGAAGGUUAGUUUUUCUACGUUAUGGGCUAUUUUAUUUUCCUGGAGUUUUUUCCUCUGAAAUCCAGAAUUCUAUUUUCUUACC